AUGAGUGUUCGUGUGGAGGACGGAGCAGAGUCUCCAGAAAUCACCUGUGUGUCUUUAAAGAGCGACGGGUCCAUGGGACGCCCUCCGGUGUUGACCACUGAACCUCCUUCGUUCACCCAACCUCCUGACUGUCGACUGUCAGAGAGUCACUGUGAGAUCUUGGCUUCGGCUACGAAAUCCAACCCCUCCCGUCUGAGAGUAUCGGACCUGAGUAACAACGAGCUGCGGGAUUCAGGAGCGAAGCUGCUGACUGCUGGACUGAAGAGUCCGACCUGUAGACUGGAGACUCUCAGGUUGAGUGAGUGCCGGCUGUCAGAGAGCUGCCGUUCUUUCCUGGCCUCGGUUCUGAAGUCAAAUCCCUCCCAUCUGAGAGAACUUGACCUGAGUGACAACAACCUGCAGGACUCAGGAGUGAAGCUGCUGUCUGCUGGACUGGACUAUCCAAAUUGUAGACUGCAAAUUCUGAGGGCAGGCAGCUUUUUGAAGCACUGCAGCUUGUCAGGAAGCAGCUGCACUUUUUUGGCCUCGGCUCUGAAGUCCAGCACCUGCCAUCUGAGAGAGCUGGGUAUGAGUUAUAACAAGCUGCAGGAUUUAGGAGUAAGGCUACUGUCUGCUGGACUGGAGAGUCUAAAUUCUAGGCUGGAGACGCUGAGGUGA